GUUUUAACUUUUGCCUUUUCGAAGUUUCUCACUUCGAUGUUUCUCACUUCGGAGCUCAUGCAACAAUUGAUAACAGUUCCACGCUGCUGGUCUUGUUGUUGGCGUUACGAUUCUUGUUGAUACUCAAAGUUGGAUGAAAGAAGAGGCGUUUGUCUCUAUCAAGAGAGUUCCUCGAUCACGCACGUUCGAGUCUUCGUCGUAGCUCUUUGAAUCCUUUCUGACACGAAACCAUGAGCGGCAUCAAUCGUCAUGCGCCUUCCAAGGAGGAAAUGGACGCUGUGUUUGCGCUCUGUCGCAAGAACCAUUGGGCGUCGUGUCUACAGUGUUUGAAGACCAAUCCGUUGAUUGGAAUAACUGCAAUGGUUAUGGACAACCACAUCGCGACGACUGUGUGUCACCAAGCCAUUACCAGCAAGGGAGACGUCCAAGCUCGAGCUGAAGUCAUUUUGCAAAUCCUCAGCCACACACCGGAAGCGGCAACCAUUGCCAAUGGCUAUGGAAGCCUUUGUCUUCACUGUGCGUGCCAGAGGAACGUGAAGAUGAAUGCCAAAACGAAAGAGAGAGUGAUUAUGGCACUCAUCACAGCCUAUCCUGAGGCGUUGGCGCAAGCAGGUGGUGUGGGACAACGUACUCCGUUGCACAUUGUCUUCACUGACUACGUCUCUCCCAAGCUCACUCGAGUGAUGGUGAGCCUUGGAUCGAAGGCGACAUUCAUGAAGGACAAGAAAGGGUACUUGCCCCUCCAUGUUGCUGUCAGUCGACAUGUCAGCCCGGACAAACUUCGCAUGCUGCUAGAAGCAAACCCUGGAGCGAUCCUUGAGAAAACAAAUGAAGGAAGCACUGUACUUGGAAUUGCAAAGGCUACCGCGACAAAGAGCCAUCCCAACUACGCGCUCAUCAAUGCUCUCCAGGAAGAACUCAAGAAGUAUGGUGGAGCUGCACUUUUGGCAACUGCUGCAGGGGUCCCCGAACGAGUUGGUUCGAACGACACCUUGGAUUCUCCCGUUGCUCGUCGGCAGUCAAAGAGAAAGGCCAAGAAGGGCCGAUCCAAUAUCACACCUGCGUCGAAGCGUUCCAAGCACAGUGUUGCAAAGCAUAGCGUUUCAACGCCGGCAGCGGCGGACCUCUUGCUCCACUUUUGCCAUACUUCUCAGAAUAUCGUGCCCAAGACAGAACCCGAGGAGGAACCUCUCUUGCUCCACUUGUCGCACUCUUCUCAUGGCAUGACUGAGCCCGAGGAGAGUCUCUUGCUCCACUUUUCUCACCCCUCUCACAGCACCGCUGUCGUGAAGACGGAACCCUACGCCGAGGAGGAUUUCAAGCCCCACGCCAUUACACAAGUGGCUGAGGUAUAAAAAGUUUGAAUGGUGCCUACUCCUGCUUUCAUUUUUCCAACCUUCCGCCGAAAGGUCUUCCAGGAGGGCACUACAAUUGCAAUCUGUACUCAGAGGUCAUCUAUUUGUUUUGAAGCGAAGCAAAAGCAAGCAAAACAGAAAACAGAAGCAAAAACGACUGACCAGCCAGAACGGAGUGAUGAGCCGAGAAACAAGGCAAUCACAGAGAUACUAGUACUAGUAGAUAAAAGUCUAUGUAGAAAACAAAGGAACAGGGAAAUCAAUCACAGUGCGAUUUGGCACUCAAAAUGAACAUUUUCCUUAGUCUCUUGACAGCG